AUGUCCAAAGUAAAAGACCCGUCAUCGUUGUUUGAACUACAAAAACGGUACUUGUUGGACCAGAUCAAGAGUAUCCAGCUACCUGGCAACUUGUAUACACUUGUGAUCGAUGACAAGACCGAGGCACUUUUGUACCAGGUAUUGAAAAAGGACCAGUUGUUGAGAGUAGUCACAUCGAUUGAAAAGAUAGAUGAACGUAGAAAGCAGCAGACUUUCCUCGAAGCCAUCUACUUCAUCGACCCGUCGCUCUACACAUUGAAUUGUGUUAUUGCUGACGCCAUUAACCACAGGUAUAAGAAGGGGUGGGGGUUGUUCUUGCCGAUAUUGGAACUGGAUUCGAGAGUGUACCAGUUUUACCACUCUGCCAAAUUCUUAAAGAAUCCCAAGAUUCAGAACUACUUUGACUUUGGUGAGAACAUUCACUUCACCGAGGCCCUGAUGUUUCCCAUGGAGGCCCGUGUGUUUUUGACCGAUGACAAGACCCCCAAUUCUAUGCCUAUUUAUUUCAACGAGAAUUGCAGUGAGUUGGUGUUGACUCAGGUGCGCAAUGUGGCCAAGAGCCUUGUAAACUUGAUGGUGGUGACGGGCGAGUACCCGCUUAUUCGGUUCUACUCACCACAAAACCAGUACUUUUAUAAGGCCACUCGGUUGAGUGAGUUGAUUGCAGACGAGUUCCAGCGACAGAUAGACGAUUACGCUCGGAGCCACCAUGACUUCCCACCCGAGGAGAACCAGGGGAAACCAAGGUCCAUUUUGUUGGUGGUUGACAGAACCAUCGACUUAUUUGCUCCUUUGUUGCAUGAAUUCACGUACCAGGCCAUGGCCAUGGACAUUGUUCCCAGUCUCGAAAGAGACGGGGUGUACAAGUACCAGUCGGAGAACGAGAAAGGAGAGUUCACUGAAAUAUCCAGCAAAGUUGCUAACGAGACUGACGAGGAUUGGGUGAAUUUGAGACAUUUGCAUAUCAUCGAGAGCAGUGAAUUGAUCGUCAACAAGAUCAAUGAGUUAAUCCAGAACAACCCGUUGAUGGUUGACCGGAGCAGGGCCAAGAACUCCAGUGAUUUGAUGCACAUUGUAGCCAACUUGAGAGGGUUUGACGAUGAAAGAAAACAAAUCUCUUUGCACCGGUCUUUGAUAGAUGCGUGUCUUGAUUUGAACGGUGAACGUAAGUUAGCCGAGUUUGCAGCCGACUUUGAACAAACCUGUUGUGCUGAAGGGAUAAGUUUCGAAGGAGAAAAGGUAAAGCAUUUACAUGACGAUUUGAUUGUGUUGUUGGCCAGAGACGAUUUGCACAUAAAUGAUAAAAUGAGGUUGGUGUUGAUUUAUGGGUUGUACAGAGGAGGCCUUAUUGAGGCCGAUUUCGUUAAAAUUGCCAAGUUCCUCGGGGUGCGUGAUACUCAGAUUAUUUCUUUGGUAUCUCGGUGCUUCUAUAACCUACACAAGUUGGGGUUCCCCGUGGUUAAAGAAAAGUUGUCUGAUCCCAAGGUCAAAAAGAAGAUGUUCCAUACCAUCAAUAACGAUGGUACGUACAACACUUCGCGGUUCGGGCCUGGUAUCAAGUCAAUAAUGCAGUUUUUGAUCAGGUACCAAUUGGAUGAGGACUGGUUCCCCUACUUCAGAGAUAAGCCUUUACAAGACGAUAUUCCGGCGGAAAUUGCCAUUAUGAACAGCCAGCAAGCUACCAGCACUUCCCUUAGAAAUGCCCGUAUAAAAGCAUCAUGGGCCCAGAGCUCCAAUAAGGUCGGCCAGCUGAGCACCAAGUCCAAACAACGAAUUUUUUGCUAUGUUGCGGGAGGUAUAACGUACUCGGAAAUCAGAUCGAUGUACGAGUUGUCCAACACGCUAAACAAAGACUUUUACAUAGGGUCUGAAAGCAUCCUUAAGCCUCGGGACUUCUUAAUUGGACUCCAGUCUAUUGACAAGGUCAAGCAGAUGUCGGACCUCAACUUAAACUUGUACAACGAAUUGACCACCACAAAAGAGCCUCCAUUGUACCUAUUUGAAAGUAGUGAACGUCACCACCUUCAGUCACGACCUGCUCCCGGUAAUAUUCUGACCCAGAACUCCAGCCGGGUGUCGAGUAACUUGGGGUCGGCAAACAGCGCUUCCAGCUCAUCGGUGAAUCAAAUGAACGUUGACUUUAAUAGCUUCAACUUGAAUUCGCAGCCAUCGAGCAACACUGUCCCCAGUCACUACCAAAAACGGGUUUCAUCAUUCAGCACCAAUUCCACGACACUGGAGCCUACGAAGGAAAAGAAGAGCCGGUUGAAGCGAUUAUUCAAGUAA